AUGCAGAAUUUUAUAUUAUAUAUUAUUAACCCAAUCUCAUACAUUAUCCCCAUCCUUAUUGCUGUAGCAUUUUUAACACUGCUUGAACGAAAAAUUCUAGGCUACAUACAACUCCGAAAAGGCCCAAACAUAGUUGGACCCUUCGGAAUUUUACAACCAGUUGCUGAUGGAAUUAAACUAUUUGUUAAAGAACCAAUUCGCCCAACACAUGCAUCCCCAAUACUUUUUAUUUUAGCCCCAACUCUAGCCCUCUUGCUAGCCCUUAUAAUAUGAACUCCUAUACCUAUACCCCACCCCUUAGCAGACAUAAAUCUAGGCCUCCUAUUUCUCCUUGCCCUUUCAAGUAUAAUAGUCUAUACAAUUUUAUGGUCCGGAUGAGCAUCCAACUCAAAAUAUGCCCUAAUAGGAGCCCUUCGAGCUAUCGCACAAACAAUUUCCUACGAAGUUACUCUAGGCAUUAUUUUACUCUCUGUUAUUAUAUUAACCGGCGCCUUUACAAUGCCUACCCUCAUCAUUACACAAGAACAUAUAUGACUGAUUUUACCCACAUGACCCUUAGCCAUAAUAUGAUAUGUUUCAACCCUAGCAGAAACAAACCGAGCACCAUUCGACUUAACAGAAGGAGAAUCCGAACUUGUUUCAGGGUUCAAUGUAGAGUAUGCAGCAGGCCCAUUUGCACUUUUUUUCCUGGCUGAAUAUAUAAAUAUCCUAAUAAUAAACACACUAUCAUGCAUUUUAUUCUUUAGCCCAACCCUCAGUUUACAAACAGAACUUUUUACAAUUAACUUAAUAACAAAAACUACUCUACUAACCAUUGGAUUCUUAUGAACCCGAGCCUCUUACCCACGAUUUCGCUAUGAUCAACUAAUACACCUCCUAUGAAAACAAUUCCUCCCUGCAACUCUAGCACUUUAUUUAUGAUAUAUUUCCAUUCCAAUUUCACUAGCCGGUAUUCCACCAUUAACUUAA